UUGUAAACAUAACUUUUUUCACAACCUUUUAUUUAAAUUGCAUUUAAAUUUUAUUAAGAACUAAAAUACCAUGAGUUGUGACAUCAAAUUGCCCAUGGUUAGCGAAAUCAUCUUGGCACCAACACCCAGAUCUUUAGGGAAAUGUGAUGCCAUAAACAAAAAACCAAGACAUUCACGUCAAUCAACUCAAUCAUCGACUGAAGAUGAUCGGCUGUUAAAUACCCAAGGAGAAGAUGAAGAAAUUGUUGAUAUUGAAAAUGUUACAGUGAAAUUUCGAAUAAAGGGCAAUCAAACUAUAGCACAAAUUUAUCCCAACUGCAUGACUUUGUCUGAAGUAAAAACCGAUAUUGCUAGACGUUUUGAAAUUGAACCGAAAUUGUUGAUUCUCAAACAAGGCCCUCAAAUACUAUCGGAUUUGUGUUCCAUACGAGAAACUGACAAUGAUGAAUAUGGUAUACAUGAAUAUCUGCUGGAAUUGAAUGUUAAAUUGAAACCACUAAAAAUCGAGCAGCAGACAAAUGCUAAUAAGGGUGAGGAGUUAGAGAGACAACCAAAAUUGGAUUUGAAUGUUUAUUACAGCAAAUAUCAUUUGCCUGAUUUUAUUACGGUCUAUAUACCUGCUGAAGAUUCACGAAAUGGCAAAGCUAAAAAUAUUGUUGUAGAAAUACAAAAUCGUUCGAUUGCCAAACCAUUUUUAUGCGGUUAUGUGAAUAAAACUACGGGUAUUGAAUAUUUGGAUGCUUUCACCCAGACCGGACCCUUCAUUAACAUGUGUAAAUUCCAAAACUAUGCUAGCCGAGAUACACAGACCCGAGAACUUAAACCAAAAUUAGUUGAUACAAUGCAUGAUCAAAUGUCACAAUGUUGGCUAGAUGGUAACAAUGUCCGUUAUUGGUCUGAGGCCUCAGAUUAUUAUAUAACUGCUGGCAAAUAUACUACACAUGCCCAACAAGAAAGACGUAUAAACAGAAUGGGAAAAAUACAUUUAAUACAGCGUAAUUUUCGUCGCUGGAAGUGGAUGAAAUGGAUGAAGCAAUGUGCCCAGGAAUAUAGACGCCUGGUAGCAAAUCGUUUGGCCGAAGAGGAUGCCUUUCAAGAAAACCAACAAAGACGUAUAAAACGCGAACAGAGAGCCAAACAAUUUCCACGAUCCAAAGAUGAUUUCGAUUUGCUGUAUGGCGAGGUACAAAAAUGGAAAAUGGCUGAAAUGAAACGUAUUGCCAGCAUGUAUGAGGGAGCAUCGCGUUUAGCAGAAAUCAAUAUAUUAUUGGACAAAGAAAUCACACUGUUGGGUGGCAUCGAUCGCCAGCGGCAAUUGGUGUUUGAGGCAAUGAAAGAUUUUCGCCAGGAACAAUUGCUAAAGAAAAUGGGCGAACCAAUUAAAUGGGUGGGCUAUGGAGAUACCGUGGUUCAUUUGGAUCUGUUGCGCACGCAAAGGGUACGAUUUUUAACGGAAAUUUAUAAAGAUUUACAAAAAUCGUUGCCCAAGGAUAAACGUUUGGAUUUGAUUAAUAAAGUCAGAGAGAUUUUGUUAAAUGAACAAGAUUUUCCCGAUUUUGGUGAGCUUUAUGAUUUAUUUGAUCGUGAAAGGAAUUUAUUGGUGUAUACAAAAUAUUGUUAUGUGGAAAUUUUACGUAAACGUCAAAAUAUCUUAUUUGUGGAACUGAUAAAAUAUGAAAAAGAGAAUAAGCCUCAUAAACAAGGAAAUCGAAUGUGUGCGGUUUGCAAGCAAGUAAAACCGUAUACACACUUUGCCAUUCGCACCAGACAAUACCAAGUGGACACUUGCAAGAAAUGCUACUAUCUCAAGGAAGCCUGUACAGAAAACAUGGUUUACACGUCCAUACUACGCAGUGUACAACGGGAGGAACGUAAAAAGAAAUGCACUGGUUCAUUUGCUUUUAUAAUGCAAAUGGACGAUGUGCGUCAUAUAGUAGAACAAAUAUGGCAUGGUCAUUCUAUUUUAAGUAAAUGUGAAAAUUUAACUAAAUUAAGAUUGCCACGCUGGAAUAAAAACGAGGAAUGGUCUCCCUGGAACUGUAUUUGUUUAACCGAAACUGAGACCCUCAAUCACAACCGCGUGGAGGAUUUAGAGUCGGUAUAUGAUCAUAAAAUACGUUUAGAGGUGGGAAAUCGUCAUAUGUUGGCCAGAAAUGCUUUUCAUAAUUUGGCUGCCGUUUCGGUGGAAUUCACCGAAACUGGUAAAUGGUGGCAUACAGGUUUGAAUAAGCAGCGCACAGUGCAUUUAGAAGAUUUAAGCUCAAAAGCUAAACCCCUUAAACAAGAGUCGAAUGGUCGUAAUUAUAAAAUGGGUAAAAUUCUUUAAAAUUUAUAAUGCUAAAAAACAAAAUCAUUUUAAUAUUUUCGAAAAUAAAACUAAAUUUAUUUAAUAAAAACAAAGAAUUG